AUGAGCCAAACUUCCCUCAAACAGCGCAUCAUGCGCCGCCUCGAGGUCAACCGGGACAUCGACACCGACGUGGGCGCCUACAUCAACAAAGACACUCGCCCUCUACCGCCAUCGAGGCGGCCCUAUGGUCCCUGGGAGUUCGUUGGCCUCUGGAUGGUGACAGGUAGUUUCAACGUGGGUGGAUGGACGACGGGCUCGUCUGUGAUCUCUCUGGGCCUUAAUGUGUGGCAGUCUAUGUUGGCCAUCAUCAUCGCACACACCUUUGUCGGAUUCGUCUGUAUCGCUGGCGGUCACCCUGGAGCCAAAUGGCAUAUUGGAUUUCCCUUUUGGAUGAAGCAGGUUUGGGGCGUCUGGGGCUAUCUGUUCCCAAUGGCUAUUCGAGUAUUCCUUUCCUUUGUAUGGACAGCAACGAAUACUUGGUACGGCGGUCAGUGUUUGAAGGUCUUCUUCACGGCCUUGUGGCCAUCUUUUGCGGAUCUGGAUACGGAGCUCGCUGGUGGUAGUAUGCAUGUUUCGGACUUCGUCGCAUUCUUUCUGUUCAUCGUCUCCUGCCUGCCGUUGAUGCUCAUGAGCCCCGAGAAAUAUAAGCGCCCUUUUCUCAUUGCAUCAACCACCGUGGCCACAACAGUCUUCGUCCUCUUAAUCUGGGCCAUGGUUCGGGCUGGUGGAGGGGGUGCCUUGCUGUCUGAUGUGAGCGGUGUCUCCGGUGUGAAGCCAGCGAAGGGCUCCAAACUGGGCUGGGCAUUCGUCGCUGCGGUAACGGCAAAUAUUGGUGGAAUCGCAACACACAUGUUCUCUCAAUCCGAUUACACCAGAUAUGCGCGCAAACCUGGCGAUCAAGUUCUCGCGCAGUUGGUCAUGGUGCCUUUAGGUACCAUCAUUGUUGCUUGUAUCGGUAUCGUGUGCACUUCCUGCGCAGCUCAAUUGUACCCCGAGACCAGCAAACUGUUGUGGCAGCCAUAUGCUUUCUUGAGUACCAUCCUCAAGUACGAAAAUAAUUCGGGUGCUCGAGCCGGAGUUGCGUUCGCCAGUUUGGCGUUCGUUUUCUCCCAAUACGGAAUCGUGGUUGCCUCGAAUCUCGUCGUGGCGGGCAUUGAUCUGGCUGCACUCCUCCCUCGAUGGUUCACGAUCCGCAGAGGAGCAUAUUUCACAAUUGGCUUCGCCUUCAUCAUGCAGCCAUGGCAGCUGCUGAGCACUGCAACCAAUUUCCUCACGGUCGUGGGAAGCUUCAACGUCUUCCUUGGCCCCUUCAUGGGUAUCAUGUUUGCUGACUAUUUUCUCCUCCGGAAGCGUACUAUGAAGCUCACGGAUCUUUUUGAAGAGUCUAGUAAAAGCAUAUACUGGUACUGGAGAGGCUGGAACUGGCGGGCAGCUAUCGCCUGGCUGUCCAGUGUGUGGUGCCUCUUACCAGGACUGAUUCAACGAGGUGUUGCACCCAAAGCCAUCUGGCCUGGGUGGACACACCUUUAUUGGCUCGCUUGGUUCCUAGGGUGCUUCAUAUCGGGUGCAAUCUACAUGUGUCUGGAGCUGAUCUGGCCAAUUGCUAAUAAGACGACUGUCGAUGAGGAAGACUAUUUUGGAACAUUUAGUGAGAUCCCCAGAUUGACAGGAAUGGCGACAACUUUGGAGAACGACAGCUCGAUAGAAGAAUUGUCGCACUCAAAGAAGGCCGAAGAAGAGAAAACAGCAGAAGGCGCUUCGAUGGAAGUCUAA